AUGGCUCCCCAGUCUUCUAAGAGCCUCCCCUUCGGUCAGCCGCCGGCCUUCUCCUCAGUCGCCGGCCCUUCGUAUGUGACGGCCCAAACACUGGUCCAGCAGGUCGCAUAUUCCCUGUCCGACAAAAUCUUCUCUUACUCUCCCGAGACCUUCGAUCUUGAUGUGGCUGCAAAAACGUGGAACGAGGCGGAGGAAACCAACGUCAACGGUUACAAGACAGGGGUCCAGUCCAUGCAGAUUCGGAAUGGCGCAGGGUCAAUUGCUCUGGGCUAUAUGUUCUCCAAGGACUUCGACCUCAAGAAGAGACACAUUCCCCAGGGCCUCUUGGCGUCUUCCUCUGCGCUGCAGUUCCUGAGACCCGUUCUUGACCAGCUUUCGCUCCUCUACUCGGUCAGCAAUCCUCUUGUCGCUCAUGUGGCCGCCUUGGACUAUGACGGCGGAAAAACCAGUGGAUUGGUCUCGGACUAUAUCUCAGCUCUGUCUGCCGCCGAGGAUCUUGGGUUUGGUUUGGUCUCGACCCUCUCAGCACACGAGGCACAGCACAUGUCGUUGUUCGCUACCCUCCUGGCCCGGGACCUCCCCAUGUUCCACGUCUAUGACGGCUUGAGGAUCGGCCGAGAUACGACAAGAGUCAUCGACGUUCUGGACAAAUCUGGUCUUGGUAGUACCUACAAGACCGUGCUCGACUCGGUCACGGAUGAGGACAGGAAACAUCUGAGCAUUGAGGGCAAAGCAUUGAAGACCCUCCGUGCCCUGAAUGAAGAGCUGGGAACCGACUACAAGCCUUUCGAGUACUCUGGUCACGAACAGCCCGAGGUUAUUCUUGUUUCGUUCGGUUCGGUGGAGUCUUCUCUUGCCGCGCAGGCUGCGGCGGCGUUGGCCAAAUCCGGUAACAGGGUUGGGGCCAUCAACGUCCGACUAUACCGACCAUUCGCGGAAGAACAGUUCUUGAAACUCAUUCCGGACGGCGUCCGCGUCGUUGGUGUUCUUGGUCAGGUCGCCGAUGCACAAGCUGUGCAGGAAAGCGGCGUACGCUCGCAGCUCUUUACGGAUGUGCUCGCCUCGAUAUCUUAUGGCUCCUCUAUUCGUCACACUCCCGAGGUUCGUGAGCUGAAAUACCCCCGUGCCGAAGUGUGGGCUCCAUCAUCCAUUUCGGCCCUGUUCCAGAUGCUUCUCGGCAAACCGGCCAGUGACCAGGGUAUUACAACGUUCUUGGACGACUCAGUCCAACAAUAUACCUUCUGGAACGUUGACGAUGCCCCGUCCGCCUCUGCAGCGGCUUACCUGGCAGAAGCUUUGGCUAAGGACUCUGCCCAGAACGUCACGGUACACACGACCCACGACAACCUGGUGCAAGGGGGCUCGCAUAGAAUUGACAUUCGGAAAUCUCCCAAGAGUCUGGAUGCUGCUUAUCCCAUCACGGCCGCUGACACCGCCGUGGUCACGGAUGUGAAGCUGCUGGAGAAGGUCGACGUGGUCAAGUCGAUCAAGCAAGGCGGCAGAAUUGUUUUGUUGCUGCCCGGCGUCAAGGAUGAGGAUGUUGAGAAGAAAUUGCCUGCCGCUUUCAAGAAGGCAGUGGCGGAGAACCAGAUCGCUCUGUAUCUCAUCGACCCUACGAGCACGGCGUUGGCAGUCGAAAACCCGGAGCUCGAGUCUCUUAUCCUGCAGACAGCGUUCCUUCGCGUGGCCCUCGGAAAAUCGGAGGACGUAGGCUUGCAGAAGCUUGCGGCGACCAAUAGCAGCGACAUUCACGGCCUUGAACAGGUGGCUGCUGACCUCGACAAGACACUCCGCCAGAUCGAGGUCCCGAACGACUGGGCUGAACUAGAAGUGGAUGCUAAACAGACCCUGCCCGUGGAUCUUGCACCAAGCAGCUUUAGCGCCUUCGACAAGACAGAAGAAGAGCCACCUUCCAAGCUCCGUAACUGGCAGAAGGCGGCCAAGGGCUUCCUCUUCAAGGAAGCGUACAACACCACAAACUCUCUUCGACCCGACCUACCUACCAAGACGUUCACCGUCCACGUUAAGGAGAACCGUCGUCUGACACCUGUGACGUACGACCGCAACAUCUUCCACAUCGAGUUCGAUCUGGGCACUUCCGGCCUCAAGUACGAUAUCGGCGAGGCAUUGGGCAUUCACGCUGAGAAUGACCACGCCGAAGUCAUGGAAUUCAUCAACUGGUACGGGCUGAAUCCCGACGAUGUGGUCGAGGUUGCCUCGCGAGAGGAUCCUGAAGUCUUCGAAAACCGCACCAUCUACCAGGCUUUGAAGCAGAACGUCGACAUCUUCGGCCGACCGCCUAAGAAAUUCUACGAGGCACUCGCGGACUUCGCCACCGACGAGACGGAAAAGAAGAACCUACUGACUCUGGCCGGCCCCGAAGGCUUCAAGGAGUUCCAACGCCGAGCCGAAGUCGACACAGUCACCUAUGCGGACGUCCUCCUCGAAUUCCCUUCGGCCCGUCCUUCGUUCCACGAGCUUGUACGGAUCGUGGCCCCCAUGAAGCGCCGUGAGUACUCGAUUGCCUCGUGCCAAGCCGUCAGCCCCAACCUGGUGGCCCUGAUGAUCGUGGUUGUCAACUGGGUGGAUCCCAAGGGCCGCGACCGAUUCGGACAGGCCACCAAAUACCUCAGCGCGCUCAAAGUGGGCGCUCCCGUCACGGUCAGCGUGAAGCCGUCGGUCAUGAAACUGCCGCCCAAGUCGACCCAGCCGAUCAUCAUGGCCGGACUGGGCACGGGUCUUGCGCCGUUCCGAGCAUUUGUCCAACACCGAGCCAUGGAGAAGGCCCAAGGCAAGGAGAUCGGGUCUGUUCUGCUGUACAUGGGCUCCCGUCACCAGCGGGAGGAAUACUGCUACGGUGAAGAAUGGGAGGCAUACCAGGCCGCCGGUGUCAUCACUCUGCUGGGCCGUGCUUUCAGCCGAGACCAGCCUCAGAAGAUCUACAUCCAGGAUCGGAUGCGGCAAACCAUCGAUGACAUUGUCAAGGCGUACAUUCAAGAAGAUGGUGCCUUCUACCUCUGCGGGCCGACGUGGCCCGUGCCAGACGUGACCGACGUCCUGGAGGAGGCUAUUGCUCGCAAUGCCAGAGACAGUGGUGUCAAGAAGAUCGAUCCUGCCCGAGAAAUCAUGAAGCUGAAGGACGAGGGAAGAUACGUCCUCGAGGUUUAUUAG